GUGGUAGUAGUAGUAGUGGUAGUGGUAGUGGUGGUGGCGGCGGCGGCGGUGUUGGUGGAGGUGGCGGUGGUGAACGUCGUCAUCGCGGUGGUCGAGUCUCGCUGUCUCCUCUGCUGCGCGACCAUGGCCUCACAGAAACCUGGAGAAUGGGUGCAGUCUCUCAUAGCCAGGUUUGAUGCACAGUUACCUGUGAAAAAAGGCCAACACACAACCCAGUCCAUUCAAAAUGUGGAGCAAAACAAAGAAUGUCUUAUUAAUGUUAGCAACUACAAAUUCUCAUUGGUUAUCAAUGGACUUACCAAAAUAUUACAGUCCAUUUCCAAUACGAGAUUAAAUGGACCCGAAGUUGAACGGAACUUUUUUGAGUCACAGUUGAUAAUUUUGGACACUUUGGAACAGGUACUAAACUCGCAACCCAAAGACACAAGCCGAUUAGAUGAAGCUAUGUAUGUGAAGCUGCUACUGCCUGAAAUUUGUAAAUGUCUUAACUGGUCCACAGAAACCACGCCCCUUGCCCUACAGCUGAAAACCUUAGCUUCCAAAGUGUUAUAUGCUCUCAGUCAAAAUAACUUCACAGCUGUCUUUCACAGAAUUUCAGCACGAUUAACGACCUUAUCAACGUGUAGUGAGGACCAAUCAGAUCUCUCAGAUUUGGACUUGAUACAACACAUAAAUGUUGACAUGAUACGACUUAUUAAGUUGUUCAAUGAAAUCAGCUCCAAGUUCAAAACGUUGAAACAGAAAUCAGUAAUCUACACGCUAGCACACAACCUAGAGAAGGCUAUCUGGAAUUGGAUGGAUAAUUACCCACAUGAAUUUAAUAAUUUACACCAGAAACCAGACAGCGAAUUACAAGAUUACUGUGAUAAAAUGUUUGAGCUGUUCAACAGCUUUACAGAAAACUCCAAGAAGAAAGCUACAGUAUGGCCACUCCAGAUGAUGUUGUUGGUACUCUGUCCUAAAAUCCUUGAGGAAAUCAAAAACGCUGAUGCUGGUGCACCUUGUUCCCCACAGAUGCUAAAAAAGAAACAUUUUAUUGAUGAAGCCCGCAAAGCGUUAUCGAAUCCGCAUGGAGGAAGUUCGAAGGCAUCUCAAACAGAAGGGGCCGCCGUGACAUUUGUCCGCAUGUGCAAAGCAUCUACAUAUAUCAACAUUAACGAUCGUCCUAAUGUUUUGUUCACGCUAGUCCAAUCUGUGACCCACGACCUCAAGACCCUUCUGUUCAGCCCACCUUCCAGUACCAAGUUCAGCCGUAGCCAGGGUACAAUCGGUCAAGACAUUGACCUGUACAUCGACUGUUUUGUUUCGUUCUUCCGCAUCAACCCAUACAUCGGAGAUCUACCCAAGGUCUGUCUCAACCCUCAAUCUCCACUCAUCUACCACCUGGUAUUAGUCAGUGCAUUGUACAAGAUCAUCACACAGCCGCGGUUAGCAUGGUGGCCUGAGAUUCGAAAGAUGUACAGUAAAGCUGGUGAACUGCGUAGCAUGUUCAAUGAUGCUGUGAACAAAGUGAUGCAAGCAACAGCAAGCCAAGGACCAAAGACACAGUUCUCCACCAUUACGAAGAUGACCGGUUUCAAGCUAUCGCGGCCAGGGGAAGAGAACACAAUGCAGAGAUAUUUCCUGUUAGGUUUGGUCAAACUAAUCCAUGCUGACCCCCUCCUUAUGUUACAUAACCCAGACAAACCAGGGCAUGAAGUCCAAAACAGCACGUCAGAGCUGAUAAAUGGUUUAGUGUCCCUUGUCCAUGUCCAACAAAUGCCGGAAAUUGCACAAGAAGCGAUGGAGGCUCUGCUACGGUUACAUCAGCCAGAAAUUAUAGCAUUGUGGAAUCCUGAAGCACCAAUAAAUACAUUUUGGAAAAUAAGGUAA